CGCCCCGCCCCGCGCGCGCCGCGGCCGCCCGCACGGGCGUCCGCCCGGGCCUGGGGGCGGGACCCCGGCUGCCAACACCUCCGCAGCAGCCCCGGGAGGACCCUGGUGCCCACUCCCCGCGCCGCGUCGGAAGCGCGUUCUCGGGCCUCAUGCCCCGCCCCCCAUUCGGCCCCCCGCUUCUCUGCCCCGCGGGCCUGGUGAGCUGACUGCAGGCCCCGCGAGUGGCGACACCACCCGCCACAGACCCUGUAACUGCCAGGGCGUGGCUCUGCUUAACAGGAGUGUGUUUUGGGAAGCAGAAGUCGGUAUGCGCAGCAGCAACAGAGCUGUGCCCCUGGGCCGCCCGCGCUUGCCCACCCUGAGCGGCUUGGCGGGUCCCUGCACACCUAGACCUGGGCCUGGGGUCUCAAGGGACCUGCUGACACUGUUCUCCCUAACCCGCGAGCCCCGUACUGGAGGACCUAGAGAGGAGGGGGACCAAGAGCCCUGCUCCCGGGACAAGAAGCACCUGACCGAGGCCAUGUGUGGACUAGAGUCCUCUGAGCAGCCUGGCUUCUACCUUCCCGCCCCCAUACCUGAGGGCGAGUCUUCUCUAGCCAGGACUCCUGGGCCUGUGUCUGGAGACCUGGAACACACCUCUCACUGCUGUCCUAGGACCCCUGGUCAGUGGGGUCACCGAGGAUGCUCUUCCUCUUACAAGGCUGUACAGUUCUUCUCUGGAGACCAAGACGUGGCCCUGGCACAGGGUGGGAUGCCUGUCCCUGGAGGAACGGCCACAGCGUCUCAGGGCGGAAGAGGAAGGACACACCACCAGUGGGGGCGCAGGCUCAGGGAGGGGAAGGUAGGUGGGACACGGGGGAGACUCCACUGCCCUGGGCACGGCCAGGGAGGCGGGAUGAGAGGAGGGCUGGCCGAGGCACUGCCGCGCGAUUGGACGGGGCCACCGGGGGAGGGCGACAACCUCCAGGAACUGAAGCGGCCCCACAAACGAGCAGCCACAGCAAAGUCCCUCAUGUCAAACUGCUUUAUUACAUCUUAAAUAACAGUACAGUUGGAUAUAGGAUCUAUCUCGCAUCCAGCUUCCUGGCAGUACACGGACUUAAAAAUUAAAUACAAAAGGAGAAGGGCAGGGUGCAGAGAGCUCUACGGAGGAGGCGCCGACAGGGGAGGGGCGCGUCCCACCCGCUGCAGGCCCAGGCCAACCGCGCCAGCAGUUUGCACAGGAUGUUGCAAACACAGGAUGGAGAAGCUGCUGCUGCUGCUGCGGGAGCGCUUGGGUGCAGGGGGAGGCCGGCCGCUGUCCAGACGCUGCUGCUCAAUCCUGGGCCCGACCCCAAACCAGGGAGGUCCGCUUGUUAGAAAGGGUUGGCCUCAGAUGCCAGAGGCUGGUUCCCAGGGAGGGCCAGGCCGUGCAGAACUCACAGCGUGAGGCUGAGGUCUCGAUCCCCGCACUCCCCGCCCCAAUCCGACAGCAAUCGCUUGGAACAGGACUUGAUUUUUAAAGAAAGAAAGAAAACAGUGACUUAUCCCGCUGCUUGAGCGUGUGGAACCGCUAACUGCGCGGCUUCCGAUGCGAUGCGUGUGCACAGAGGAGCAGCGCUAAGUGGACAGAGCUGCAACGGUUACAAUUUUCAAGAGGUUAUUUCUUAAAAGAAAAGGAACAUCUAAGGACUGAGUCCUGUAUGCACUUUUGAGCAUUUCUACAGCAUGCGAUUCUAAGAGUAAACCCACCCAAUAUGGCAAACAAUCAACUUUUUUAAAAUUUAACUUAGAAAGUUUGAGAUCAUUAUUUUCAAAACAUUAAUUUGUACACUGCUUCAUACACAGAUAACGGACCGACUAUCCAAGCACAGACGGGCACCUCUCUGGCAAACAGACUCCUGACGGCUGCGGUGGGACUCGGGGUCAUGAUGCGCUCCUGUUCGAUGCCCCCACUGUCGCCAGGAGACCCCAGG